CAACACCAACACCAUCUCUCACCGCUACAACCUCCACAAUGGCGGCUUUUGUGAAAUCAAUCAAUGCGAAGAUUCGGGCAAACCCCAUGCUCAACUAUGUCUGCUCAACACAUUUCUGGGGUCCGGUAUCGAAUUUCGGUAUCCCGAUUGCGGCGGUAAUGGAUACGCAGAAAAGCCCAGAGUUAAUCUCCGGCAAGAUGACAGGCGCCCUGGUAGUCUACUCUGCAACCUUCAUGCGCUACGCGCUCGCCGUCCAGCCGAAGAACUACCUCCUCUUCCUGUGCCACUUCGUCAACGAGGGCGCGCAGCUCACGCAAGGAUACCGGUACUUGCAGUACCAUAAGAUGGGCGGCAGGGAGGAGACCUUGAAGCAGCAGGCGGAGAGUGGGGUUAAGAGUGCGGUGGGCAAGGUCGAGAGUGAGGUCGGCAAGGCGGUUGAGAAGGCGAAGGAUGCGGUUGGCAAAUAGGGGGUGAAUGAUAAUGGGGGCUAUGAUUGAUGGUUGAUGAGGGUGUGAUUGGGAGAAUGGGGUGAGAGAGGGGAGAGUUUACAUGGUUGGGGGGGGG